UGCUGCAAGCAACACAGGAUACAUUGCUUGGCGUAUGAAAACAGUCCACAGGAAGAUUAGACGAGGAUCUUUGCCACUAGACAACCUUCAUGAUGUUUCUCCAGGAGGCCCAAAAUGCCAAAGGGCUACUAAUUGUGAAGGGCAACUUGAUGGGGAUGCUUGCAAAGAGGCAAUUUCUUUGCUCAGCCAUACCACAGAGAAGUCCCUAAUAUUCCAAAAGAUGAGAGAGACAUUUCAGUAUCGCCAAAAGCUUGUUAAAGAUUCAGGCUCUAGUGUUGAUAUCCUCUCCACCUUCUCAAGAUUCCUAGAUACAAAGGGCCUGGUUGAUCAAGACUUCACUCUCCUGUUUGACACGGAGACAUCCUCCAGGCUACUUCAGAAGUGGGACACGUUCUUCAGGCCAAAUGUCAUUAAAGAAGCCAAGCAACUUACUUCAACAGCAGACCUGAGUCAGUUGUUGCUCUCAGCAGAAUGUCCUAACAGUAGUGACCUUCAUGAAACAAUCUACGAUCAGGAAAUGGCAUCCCUUCUUCUACUGAUUCAUCUCCUUCCACCAUCACCAGGAGGACUGAAGUCUCCAAGAAUCAGUGCAUGUGAUGCUGCUAAAAAACUUGUAGUCUUUCAUAAGUCAUGCUGCAGUUUGGAGGAGCACCUCAACAACAACCAGCGUCAGCAUCCGUACCUCCUUGCUGUUGGACGUCAGAAAAGCAAGAUUGAGUGCUUCUACAUCGUCUUGGAUAAGCAUCUCAUCCCAUGCCAGGCAAACCACUGA